AUGUUCGACAACCACGGUCCUCCCCCAAGUUCUUCACAGUCAGACGCCUCUAUGCUCAAGCACGACCCGGAGAAAGGAGUGAACCCUCGAAUGGGCAUGUGUGACAGAUUACGACACUUCACCUGGGCCUGGUAUACCCUGACCAUGAGCACCGGUGGAUUGGCCCUCCUCAUUGCUUCUCAGCCCAACACCUUCAAGGGUCUGAAGGAGAUUGGCUUUGCUGUCUACAUCAUUAACCUUCUCUUCUUCGCCCUCGUCUGCUCCAUGAUGGCUAUGCGAUUCUUCCUCCACGGCGGUUUCCUCGAUUCCCUUCGCCAUGAGCGUGAGGGCCUCUUCUUCCCUACCUUCUGGCUUUCUGUUGCCACCAUCAUCACAGGCCUGCACCGCUACUUUGGUGAUGAACCUCAAGAAUCUUACCUCAUUGCUCUUGAGGUGCUCUUCUGGAUCUACUGCGUCUGCACCCUCGCCACCGCUGUCUUCCAAUACUCCUUCGUCUUCAGUGCUCACAAGUAUGGUCUGCAGACCAUGAUGCCCUCUUGGAUCCUUCCUGCGUUCCCUGUCAUGCUCAGCGGCACCAUUGCCUCUGUUAUUGGUGAACAACAACCUGCACGUGCUGCGAUCCCCAUCAUUGUCGCCGGUACCACCUUCCAGGGACUGGGCUUCUCCAUCAGCUUUAUGAUGUACGCUCACUACAUUGGUCGGUUGAUGGAAUCCGGUCUCCCCGACCGUGAACACAGACCGGGAAUGUUCAUCUGCGUUGGUCCUCCUGCUUUCACAGCCCUGGCCCUCGUUGGCAUGACCCAGGGUUUGCCUGAUGACUUUAGGCUGCUCAACGAGUCCACCGCCGUUGAAGAUGGUCACAUCAUGCAGCUUCUGGCAGUCGCCGCCGGCUCCUUCCUCUGGGCUCUGAGCUUGUGGUUCUUCUUCAUCGCUCUCAUCGCUGUCAUCCGCUCCCCUCCCACUGCCUUCCACCUCAGCUGGUGGGCUAUGGUCUUCCCCAACACGGGAUUCACCAUUGCAACUAUUACUCUUGGCAACUCGUUCAACAGCCCGGGUAUUCAGGGGGUCGGAUCGGCCAUGUCUAUUUGCAUCGUCUGCAUGUGGGCAUUCGUCCUGGUCAGCCAUGUCCGUGCCGUUAUUAAACAGGACAUUGUCUACCCGGGUAAAGACGAGGAUGUCUCGGACCACUGA